AUGGCUCGCCAGGGACAUCUUCACUUCGAAGGUGCGGAGAGCAUGAUCGAGGAAGUCCCGCUGGUGGAGGCGCCCAGUCGUCCCGCCAGGAAGUCCUGGUGGUAUGUCGCCGGAGCAGGUGUGGCAACCUUGGCGGUGGUGGGCUUGGCAAAGAGCAUGUUCCCAUCAUCCUUGACCUUCGGCAAGACUUCUGGCGUGAUGAGCAUGCAAGAGGUGCAGCACUGGGAGGACAUCCCGGGCAUCGACAAGGCUGUGAACAAUGGAGCUUUGUGUGCUGGCGACUUCACCGCCCUUACGGCCAACUUCGGAGAGAUUGCCACGGUGGGUGCGGCCGCGCGAGCGGACUGCAACUUCGAGAAGAAUGUCCAUGCGAUCCUCACCAAUCCCGAGCCGAAAGAAGUUCUACGUCGUGCAGAGCCUCAACGUCGUUUGGACGAGGCCCCGGAUCGCAUGCUCCCCACCCGAAAGUGGACACAGUUCGUCCCAGCCGGCGCUGCACCGGCCGUGGAGAAGUACGUGAAGGUCAAGGGCCACGUUGAGGCCAACCGCAACCGCGGCUUCGACAUCGCCCAGUGCGUUGCUGAUGUGACCAACUCCGCUGCUUACAUCGUCCGU